AUGCUUCAACAGAAAGCAAAGGACUUAAUGUUCAUCCACCAAGCACAAAACGUCGCCGACUUGGGCGAAGCUGUGGCUACUUUGACGCUUUUAUGCCGCUACUGCAGCGCAAUUCCAACGGUAAUGGUAUGGCGCUUGUGGACUUCUUGGAGACCGUGGAGUGAUGGAGCCACAUUGUUGGCCAAUGACAUCUGGUUUGGAUGCUGUUCCUGCAGCUCUGUAACCAGAGAUCAACGUGCAAUUGUGAGCCACCUGGCUGCCCAUGGUGAUGAACAAUCCAAGUGUCAGCAUCCUCCCAUGUCUGGCUCUAAGUCCCAAGUGCUCGGCAGCACUCAAAAGUCCAAGAGUGAAAAGCCAUUUAAGUGCAAGCUUUGCUCACAAGAGUUUGCUUAUAAUUCCCUUCUGACCUGCCAUAAUCAAGCACACACUGGUGAAAAGCCAUUUAAGUGCAUGAAAUGCCCCAAAGCAUUUGCUCAGAGUAAAAAUUUGAUCUAUCACAGUGGAACACAUAGAGGUGAAAAGCCAUUUAAGUGCACGCUGUGUCCCAAAGCCUUUUCUCACAAUUAUUCUCUGCAAAGCCAUAAUCGAACGCACACAGGUGAAAAGCCAUUUAAGUACAAGCAGUGUCCCCAAACAUUUGCUGAAAAUUCCACUCUGAGAAAUCAUAAUCGAAUGCACACUGGUGAAAAGCCAUUCAAGUGCAAGUGGUGCCCUCAAGCCUUUGCUAGGAAUUCCCAUCUUAGAAGCCAUAAUCAUUUGCACAGUGGUGAAAAGCCAUUUAAGUGCAAGCAGUGCCCCAAAGCCUUUGCUCGAAAUUCCUAUCUGACAAAGCAUAAUCGAAUGCACACUGGCGAAAAUCCAUUUAAGUGA